CUUCAUUCACUCCUCUCUUUUCUUCAACCAACUUGACCUAGGCACGACUUGACCACUCGAUUAAACAACUGCAAACAAAGCACACUGAUAUCAAGGAAAAAAUAAAAUAAAAUAAAAUAAAAUAAAUAAAAAAAGUGAAUGCCUCGUCUCGAACAACUCGUUGAGCUACAAGGUCAUGAGGACCGUGUAUGGUGCGCAGCAUGGCAUCCCACGAAAGCGAUUCUUGCAACAUGUUCUGGUGACAAGACUGUGCGGAUCUGGCAGGCAACCAAUGCACUGGACCCAACAAAGUGGCAAUGCACCAAUGUCCUUGAAGGUGCACAUCGCCGAACUAUUCGUAGUGUAGCCUGGUCGCCUGACGGCAGACAACUCGCCACAGGGUCCUUCGAUGCCACCACUGGGAUCUGGGAACGAGAAGAGGACGAAAAUGGAGAUUACGAAUGCGUUGCUACACUGGAGGGACAUGAAAACGAAACAAAAUCAAUAGCCUGGUCGAAGAGUGGAGCCUUGUUGGCAACAUGCUCCCGUGAUAAGAGUGUAUGGAUCUGGGAAGUUGAGGAAGAUAAUGACUUUGAGUGUCUCAGUGUGUUGCAGGAACAUACACAGGAUGUGAAGAUGGUUGCAUGGCAUCCUAAUGAAGAGCUUCUUGCGUCAGCCAGUUACGAUGACACGAUCAAGAUAUGGAAGGAUGAUGAUGACGAUUGGUAUUGCUCAGACACACUUCAGGGACAUGAGUCGACUGUUUGGGCCAUUGAUUUUGCUCCGUCAGGUGAUCACAUCGUCUCUGCCUCUGCAGAUCAAACACUUAAGAUCUGGCAACGGUUCCAACCUGGAAAUCCCAUGGGCAUUGUGACGCCUCGUCGAGGCGAGCCUGUCUGGAAGUGUGUAGCGUCUGUUAAGGGGGAGCAUGAACGAUGUAUCUAUUCAGUAUCAUGGUCGAGGGCGCAUGGAUUGAUCGCGUCUGCGGGCGCAGAUAAUACGAUUCGACUCUUUGAGGUUUCAGAAGUGGCGCCGGAUGCUGGCAUUGAGGGACAAUUGACAGAGGAACAGCGCAAAGCCUUGAAUGAGCCGGGUAUCUUGUUGCAGGCGAGCAAAAAAGCAGAAGUGAAGAAUGCGCACGGAACAAGUGACAUUAAUUCAGUAGCAUGGUAUCCCAAUGAAGAUCAUGGCGAUUGGCUUGCCUCUGGAGGCGAUGAUGGGAUUGUAAGGAUUUGGAGAUUAAUUCGAGACUAAAUCUCAUGAAAAAGUAGCAGCUAAACAUAUCGUAAUAGAAGGUGCUACAUCUUUGCAUUGACCUGAAAAAGAUCUCAG